CCCGAUGCUCAGUGGAAGGAACCGGCUCCUCCUUCACCCUGGCCUGUGCAAAGGCCCGGCGGUCUGAUCCCUUUCUCCUCCCAGGCCCUGACUGGGGCCGUCAGCACCGUUAAGUUCUUCCUCUCUCAGGCUUUCCUGGGUCAGCACUUCGAGGCCCUGGAGUUGCAGGGCAGCGAGCCUGAGCCCGGAGACCUCUUCCUGUUCAGGCUGAUGUCCCCCACCGGACGCUGGUGCGGGGCCCACGUGGGCGUGUAUUGCGGCCACGGAGAGAGCAUCCACUUCGAGGGCAAGAAUCCCGGCGGUCACGGGCCGCACAUGUUUCUGGGCUCUUGCGAAGGGGUUGUAUCCAAACAGGGGCAGCGCCCGCUGUUGCGCUCCCGCUCGCUGUGGCGUGUGCUGCGUAGACGCGGCGGCAUUGACCGCGCCGCGCUGGAGCGCCGCGUGCGCGAAGCCAUGGACGCGGACCCGCCUCCCUAUCACCCCACGCGCAGCAACUGCGUGCACUUUGCACUGCGUCUGCUCCGCCCAGGGCCCAGCCUGGACCUCCUACAAAGAGACCGGAGUCCCAUUUCGGUGUCAGUGGACGUGGACUUGACGGUGGACUAGGCGUGAACUCAAGCCCUCCUGGGUGGGCAUGGGGGCUUCAGAAAUGGUCAUUAAACUGUUUUCCAAAACUGA